AUUGAAAUGAAAGUGAUUUAAAUUGACAAUAAGAAGCAAUUUGUCGCUUAUCACAUGCUAACCACACUCCAAACCCACGCAUUCUGCGAAGCCUGCGCAUUGGCAGAUAAUAAAAUUAUUGCCGGGCCAACGCGUCGAAAAAGGCAAGUUGAACGGACAAAGCCAUGGUGUGGUUUCAGUCUAGAACUUAACUUGGCCGAAGUAGCAACGUCAAGAUGAAACAUGGAAGUAUAGACCAAGCUCGCAUUCGACUAGGGAAAAUAUUAGAUACCCAUAAACUAGAUUAUCUGGACAAGAUUUUUCAGGACCUAUUGAAAGAAUUCUGCAAUAGGUCUCAGUCGAGCAAAGAAAUGGCCAAGUGGACUACAAUAGUGCUGUUGACCAUUUUUGUUUCAUUCGGUGUAAAAUACUAUUAUGAGGAAAUGCAGGGAAAAAAUUGUGCUCUUUCUCUGCCACGCCCCCUGCGUUACGCCCUUCGACCGCCCGAGAGUUGUGAUUUUUGUGCGAAUAUUAAACAAGUGCCGCGCCUUCAAAAUAUAAGCCCCCAGGAGUUUGAGAAAAAGUUUGCUUACAAUGCAGCCCCAGUUAUUGUUAGUGAUGCCACCAAAAAUUGGACUGCUGUUUCGUUAUUUAACUAUUGGUAUUUCCGCGAUGUUUAUGCCAGGGCCAAGCAAAAGCAACAUAUAAAAGACUGCCAGUUUUUGCCAUACAAAACAGGAUUCUCGGAUAUCUAUGAUGCAUUAAAUAUGCCAAAGGAUCGGGUGGAGCUAAAGCUAGGAGAACAGCCCUGGUACUUCGGCUGGAGCAAUUGUCAUGCGGAAACGGCAGAGGAGUUUCGAAGGCACUACGGAAGACCAUAUUUUCUGCCCGAAGGUUCGGAAAAUAAUGCUGUCGAUUGGUUUUUCAUUGGCACCUCUGGCUUGGGUGCACAAAUGCACAUAGACAAUGUGAGGCUGCCAUCGUGGCAGGCUCAGCUGGCGGGCAGUAAGCGGUGGCUACUGGUUCCACCUCCCGAGUGCUACCUACAGUGCCAGACUUUCGAUGUGGUGGUCCAGCAGGGCGAUAUAAUUGUAUUGGACACGAACAAAUGGUACCACCAAACCUUUGUGCAGCCGGGAGCCAUCAGUCUGACCAUUGGAGCUGAGUACGACUAAAGUUAACCGGCUGCAGGCGGUUUUUUCCCCGUGACAGGAAGCGGCUGCUCCAACAUCUCCAUUCAGUUCGGCCAACUAACAAAUAUGGCCAACUGUUACUGUAACAGUAACAAACUUAACUUUAACAUUGCCAUAUUACUUCGCUUCUGCCAGCCGGUUUGUUAAUUAAAUGCCAAAAACACGCAAAUUUCUUAUGUCGGGCAGCUGCGGCUCCGAAGCCCGGGAAAAUCUAACCAAAAAUGGGGGCCAGAGCCACUUCCUCGAAUGGUGCGACAUGUAAAACGCGUGUCAGGCGCCAACGAUACGUGUUAACAAUGCGUAAGUAUUAAGUAAUUACAACAACAGCCGGAGCAACUGCAGCAGACUCCCAAAAUAUGCCCACAAAAUGAGCAGCUACUAGCAGCGACAUUGCAGGCACACGCAAUGCAAAGUCAUUUCGGCAAAAAGCUACAUUUUUCACAAACUUGCAG